GAGACUGGGCCGCUGUGGGUGAGCGUUGGCUGCCCAUUAGUGGAGUCAAACUGCUGUGUGUGGAAAGGCUGAGGGAUUAGUACAAGACGCUGUUCUCUCUCAAAACAACUGAGCAACAUGACCUCCAAUUCCAAUUUAUCCAACAUGAGGCGACUGGUGGAACAACUGAAGCUGGAGGCCAGUGUGGAAAGAAUCAAGGUAUCCCAGGCGGCUGCAGAGCUCCAGCAGUACUGUCUGCAGAACGCCACCAAAGACGCCCUGCUGGUUGGAGUGCCCACGGGCAGUAACCCCUUCAGAGAACCACGCUCCUGUGCUGUAGUUUGAAACCCACGAAGCUCAAGAGGAAGAAAAAGGGGCGGACGUCAACCGGCAGAGACUCCAGCAAAAUGACAACCACUGUUAAAUAUUCAGCGUUUAUAUGUUUAUAUGAGCAGACGUUAAAUAUUCUUUUCUAUUUGUUUUUGAUCAAGUCUUGUGUUAUUAUGUGACUGUGUAAAAAUACAUAAUGGCUUGUUGUAUUUUCACUGAGAGGGUUUCUUUCUUUCUUUUCUUUUCUUUUCAUUUUUUUUUUUAAACAUUA